UUCAAUUGACUCCAAAUUUCAUUUUCUUUCCUUUUCUGUUUUUCCAUUUCUUCCAAACAGAAAUUUUUUUAAAACACAGAGCACUGUUUCAUAGGGAGGAAGAGAGAUUCAGCAAUGGAGAUUUCUCGGAGAUUCUUCUUCUCUUCGUUUACGUUGCUACUUGUUAUGUUGUUCGUUUGUGUCAAUGGCUCAGCAGAGAAAACAGAGCUGAACUCAAGGCUUGCUGAAGGAAACAAAUUGCAGGGCUUGAAGAACUCAUCAACGGCAGACGGGUUGGAUGAUGAUAAAUGGAAAAAUGAGCACGCAGUCGACAAUCCUGAAGAAAUUGCUUCAAUGGUUGAUAUGACCAUAAAAAAUAGUACAGCAAGGAGAAACUUGGGAUAUUUCUCGUGUGGAACAGGGAAUCCAAUCGAUGACUGUUGGAGAUGUGACCGGCGAUGGUAUCGUAGGAGAAGACGCCUUGCAAGCUGCGGCAUUGGGUUUGGACGCAAUGCUAUUGGUGGUCGUGAUGGAAGGUACUAUGUUGUGACUGACCCUGGCGAUGAUAACCCUGUGAACCCCAAACCAGGAACCCUCCGCCAUGCUGUUAUCCAAGACAGGCCUCUUUGGAUCGUGUUCAAGCGUGACAUGGUGAUCACGUUGAAGCAGGAGCUGAUAAUGAACAGUUUUAAGACGAUUGAUGCUCGGGGCGUCAACGUGCAUAUCGCUUACGGGGCCUGUAUCACCAUCCAGUUUGUCACCAACAUUAUCAUCCAUGGACUCCACAUUCAUAAUUGCAAGCCCACAGGCAACGCCAUGGUCCGUAGCUCCCCUUCUCAUUACGGAUGGAGAACCAUGGCUGACGGUGACGGCAUUUCAAUUUUCGGGUCGAGUCACAUCUGGAUCGACCACAACUCGCUGUCUAAUUGUGCCGAUGGACUUAUCGAUGCUGUAAUGGGAUCCACUGCGAUCACAAUCUCAAACAACUACUUCACCCAUCACAAUGAGGUUAUGCUGUUGGGACAUAGUGACUCUUAUGUAAGAGACAAGCAGAUGCAAGUCACCAUUGCUUAUAAUCAUUUCGGUGAGGGCCUUAUCCAGAGAAUGCCAAGGUGUAGACACGGAUAUUUCCAUGUCGUAAACAAUGACUACACGCACUGGGAAAUGUAUGCAAUUGGUGGAAGUGCAAAUCCCACCAUUAACAGCCAAGGCAACCGUUACCUUGCCCCUGUUAAUCCCUUUGCUAAGGAGGUGACAAAGAGAGUGGACACAUAUAGUGAUGAAUGGAAACAUUGGAAUUGGAGGUCGGAGGGAGACCUGUUGUUGAAUGGAGCUUAUUUCACUCCAUCAGGUGCUGGAAGAGCCGCCAGCUACGCCAGGGCCUCGAGCUUGAGCGCCAAGUCGUCUUUCUUGGUCGGCACCCUUACUUCAAAUGCAGGUGCCCUUGCCUGCCGCCCAGGCCGCAUGUGCUAAUGCUCAUCAAUCCCCAACCAAAAAUCCAAGCGAAACAAGAUGAAAAACAACUCAUUUUUCUUCCCACAUAAAUAUAAUAUUAUAUAUCGUUUAAUAUAGUACGUAGUAUUCCCUGAGUUUUUUUCUGCUUAAUCAAUCCUUUUGACAAGUGUACAAAAAAGUCCAUAGAAAUUGUCAUGUACCUCUGCCUCAUACACAACAAUUUCACUUGUCAUAAAACGCCAUUGAUCGACCUCGGCCUCUUUAUGGUGCCGUAGUGUUGUUCAUUUCUUUGUUGCUUCUCUUUGUAAUUAUGUAUUUCGCUUUAACAGUUUCCCCCUGCUUUCCCUCUUUGGUCCCUUGUAUUCUUGUCUCUUUGAUGAAUUUAGCCAGCAAGUAUAUUGCAUAAGUAUAAAGUUUCACAUA